UUUAUAGUAUGCCAAGCUACGAUGUGCAUAAGCAGCGGUUUAGAGAGAGAGAGAGUGUGAGAGAAAGGGGUGAUUUUGGACCGUAGAGGUCGAAUCGGAGUGCUAUGAGCAGCCCAUUGAUGAGGGACUACGAGAUCGGGGAGGAGAUCGGGCGGGGGCGGUUUGGGGUGGUGCGGCGGUGCAGAUCGGCGGCCACGGGGGAAGAGUUCGCCCUGAAGUCGAUCGAGAAGUGCCUCCUCGCCGACGCCGUCGACCGCGAGUGCGCGGAACGGGAGCCCAAGGUCCACCACCUCGCCGCCUCCGGCAACCCUCACGCGGUGCAGAUCCACGCCGCCUACGAGGACGAGGCGUGGGUGCACCUCGUGGUGGAGCUCCUCGAUGGACCAGACCUCUGCGACCGGAUCGCCGCCCGAGGGGGGACGCCUUUCGCGGAGCCGGAGGCGGCGGCGUUGGUGGCCUCGCUGGCUGAGGCCGUGGCGGCGUGCCACCGGGGAGGGGUGGCGCACCGGGACGUGAAGCCGGACAACGUGCUCUUCGACGCGAGGGGCCGGCUCAAGCUGGCCGACUUCGGGUCGGCGGAGUGCUUCGUGGGCGACGGCGGGGACCGGGUGCUGAUGAAGGGCAUCGUGGGGACGCCGUGGUACGUCGCGCCGGAGGUGGUGGCUGGCAAGGCCUACGGGGAGAAGGUGGACGUUUGGAGCUUGGGGGUGGUGAUGUACAUGUUGCUGGCAGGGGGGUUGCCGCCCUUCUACGGAGAGACAGCGGCGGAGACCUUCGAGGCGGUGUCAAGGGCCAAUCUGCGGUUCCCGCCGAGGGUCUUCCGUUCGGUGUCUCCGGCAGCGAAAGACCUGCUGCGGCGGAUGCUCUGCAAGGACGUCUCCAGAAGGUUCUCCGCCGAUCAAGUCCUCAGGCAUCCAUGGAUUACAAAUGGAGGAAUGAGUCCAGCAGAAGGAGCAACCCGAGACGCAUCGCUCUCCGCCGAGAGGCACGACGGUACUCUUUUGGCCUGCGUCGCUUGUGACUGAGUCCGUGGAGGUCGCCAUUUUGCGUGAGGUGCGGUGGAUCUUCUCCACCAGAGUGUACAUAGUAAUGUAAAGCUUCAGUCACCGUCCCUUUUCUCAUGUAUAAAGCGGAGCUUUUGCCUUGCAUUCCGAGA